GAGCGCAAGCACGCUAGGAGCAGGCGCGCGGCAUGCCGGGACAGCGGUCGUUCGGCGCUCGGUUGCUCGCGCCUGCCAGUUGCUAGGAGCCGGGGACGCCGGCCCCGCAGCCGCGGCCUGCGAGCGGCGAUGGAGCCCGGGAAGAGAAGAACGAAAGAUGAUACUUGGAAAGCAGAUGACCUCAGAAAACACCUCUGGGCCGCACACUCAGGUAAUCCCAAGGGAGAUAAGAAGCACAGAGAAAAGAAGCUUCGUAAGGAGUCAGAAGUGGACUUCCCUGAAGACAAAGAGCAAAAGCAUAGGGACCCAGACCGAGACACCAAGCACAGAGAGAGGCCUGCUGAGAGAGACGGUCACGCGUCCAGAGAGAACCCUCGUGGGGACAGAGACCGAGAAAAGCCAAGGGAAAGGAAAAAGGACUCCAGAGACCGGGACAGAGAAAGGCACAAAGAGAAAUACCGAGAGCAGGACGCAGACAAGUCUCACAGUCGAGGAAAAGACAGGGACAAGGACAGAGAGCGCAGAGUGAGGAGGGAGGAGCUGAGGCAGACGGCCCAGCACAACCUGCUGGGCUGGCAGCUCCCGGAGCCGGUGGAGCGCAGGGCGCGGGCAGGCAGCAAAGCAAGAGCGGAAGAGAAGGAGAGGAGAGACGAAGGCUCUGAAUGGGGGGACGAAGAGAGGGAGAGGCGGUACCGCGAAAGAAAGCUGCAGUACGGUGACAGUCAGGACAAUCCUGUUCAGUACUGGCUUUACAAAGAAGGAGGCGAGCGGAGACACAGGAGGCAGAAAGAAGCAGAUCGAGAGCGGAGACAUCGAGAAAAAAGCAGCGUGAGGGAAAAAAGAGACAAGCACUCAAGAGAAAAAAGUAACUCGUUCUCUGACAAGGAAGGGGAAGACAGACACAGAGAGAAGCAUCACAGGGAAGGCGCUCGUCUCGAUGAAGAGAGGCACCCUGGUGACACGGGUAGAAAAGAGAGGUCGUCAAGAGAGGAGCUGAGGAAAAGAGAGUCCAAGGACAGUGAGCACAGAAAUCGGGGUGCAAGUUCAAGGAGAGAUCCGACCAGCAGCCAGGAAGGAUCAUGCGCUCUCUGGUAUGCAGAGAGUUUAGUAAGAAAUAAUGGAAAAGAUAAAGACUCAAGAAAGAAGAGCUGCCGAGAGGGCUCCGCGGUGGGGAAGCAGGCUCUGAGGCCAGGAAGUGCAGAAAUUGCGGAAAUUGAAAAGGAAGACACUGAUAUAGAAAAUGCUGGAACUGAUGAAUAUACACCUUGUUUGGAAGAUGAUUUUGAAGACUACGAAGAUGACUUUGAGGUUUGUGAUGGAGAUGACGAUGUCUCAAAUGAACUGGAACCAAAAGAGAAAAUCGAAGAGCUUCCUCUGGCUAGAAAAAAGGAGAUACAAGAAAUUCAGGAAGCCAUUAAUGCAGAAAACGAAAGGAUUGGCGAGUUGUCCUGCAAACUGUCUCAGAAGCGAGGUCUGACGGAGGAUGCAAACAGUUCCCCUCCCAGAGCCCCUGUUUGUGGAAUUUUCAUGGAUUUUGCGACAGCCUCACGCCGACAGAAGAGUCGGACUCAGGCCCUUAAGCAAAAGGCACGCAGUACAAAACUGCUCCGGCUCAUUGACUUGGAUUUUUCACUCACUUUCUCUCUCUUGGACCUACCACCAGUAAAUGAGUAUGACAUGUAUAUCAGAAACUUCGGGAGAAAAAACACCAAGCAGGCAUAUGUUCAGUACAAUGAAGAUAAUGUUGACAGAGACACCCAGACCGAAGAGGUAGAGACCAAAGGAGUGUGGAGCCAGCACCCGGCAGAGGGCAUGGCCGUGUCAGGGGGGAGUGGCAGUGGAGAUCCCUGUGACACCGGUGCCCCGAAGGUCAACACGCCCAGGCUGUCCCACUUCCUUCGGGCCGCUUGCCAGGUGAUUGCGGUUUUGCUGGAAGAGGACCGUAUGGCAGCGGAGCCCAGCUGGAGCCCCGCAGCACAGGACAGCGCCCUGCGUAUCAGUGACAGCGCCUCCCAGCUGAAUACCAGCCUGCCGUUCCUCCAGAAUCGGAAAGUGUCCUGCUUAUGUGCCUCUCAGGUGCAGAGGCAGACAGUGGUAUCUGUCCACGGGCCGCCUGGAGCAGCAUUUGAUCCCGUGCUGGAUGGCAGAUACGUGCUGUGUGUGUGGGAUAUCUGGCAGCCUUCAGGGCCGCAGAAGGUCCUGAUAUGUGAGUCAGAGGUCACGUGUUGCUGCUUUAGCCCUUUUAAAGCCUUUUUACUGUUUGCCGGAACAGUGCACGGCUCAGUCCUCGUGUGGGACCUACGAGAAGACUCCAGAAUACAUCACUAUGUGAAGCUGGGUGACUGCUUCUGGACGUUCAGGACAGCAACGUUUUCUACUGACGGCCUCCUGACUUCAGUAAACCACCGCGGUCCUGUUCAAGCCGUAGAACCCAUCUCCACGUCUGUCUACAAAAAACAGAGUUUUGUGCUUUCCCCCUUUUCUACCCAAGAAGAAAUGUCAGGUUUGUCGUUCCACGUUGCUUCCCUGGAGGAGAGUGGGGUUCUCAACGUUUGGGUGGUGGUUGAACUACCGAAGGCAGAUCUCGCAGGCUCACUAAGUGACUUAGGUUUAAUACCUGGAGGGAGGAUAAAAUUGGUGCACAGCGCCACGAUUCAGCUGAGCGACAGCCUUUCCCAUAAAGGCUAUGAAUUCUGGGGGGCCGCACAAACCCUCAGUGUGAAGUUUCUUCCUUCAGAUCCUGGUCACUUCAUUGUUGGCACAGACAUGGGUCUUAUAAGUCAUGGCACCAGACAGGACUUGAGAGUAUCUCCCAAAUUGUACAAACCCCAGCAAUGUGGGAUGAGACCAGUCAGAGUGCAUGUGAUGGAUUUUUCACCAUUUGGAGAACCAAUAUUCUUGGCUGGCUGUUCCGACGGAAGCAUCAGGCUGCAUCAGCUGACCAGCGAGCGCCCUCUCCUGCAGUGGGACGGUGGCACCGAUGGCCAUGCCAUCACGGGCCUGCGCUGGUCCUUGACCAGACCUGCCGUGUUUCUGGCCCAGGAUGACACUUCCUGCAUUUAUAUUUGGGACCUCCUGGAAAGUGAUUUGGGUCCUGUGGCCAAACAGCUGAUCUCUCCGGACAACUCUGCCCCACUCCAUGAUAUCAUGUCGGAGGAUGGAGAACCUCGCCAGCAUUUACUGUGUUACUGGAAAAGGAAAACCCCACUGUUGGGAGAAGCCAUGGGAGAUGGAUGUGGAGAAUUCAUCUGCAGAAAUGAAGGUUUGGGGAAGGAGGGGAGCUGCCGCUCCCCGCCCUGCUGCCCUCCAGCCCUCUGGUCCCCGGAGUCACUUUCUUUCUUGAUUCCGGCCCGUUCCUCGUCUCCACGGCCUUGGAGACGUGUUGUUGCAUUUGGCAUCUAGUCUAGUGAAUAUGAUGAGUUCUCAAGUGUGGAAUUAAUGUUUUCCUUCAGGUCAUGGGCCUUUAAACCACAAGGCUCAUAUUCUUGGAAGACUAACAGAAGACAAACUCUGAAAGCAGUUUCAAAAUGGCCUAAAAAUGUCCCAGUGCUAAGUAGUGAAAACAGGUCACUUAAAGGAAAUCACCUUGUGGUUCUGUGGCUCCCUCUGGCCAUGAGCCCCCAAGCUUGGAAGAUGCCUGAGGCAGGGUCACCAUCCAGUGACUUUAAGUCCCCAACUGGUUUUUUCCAGUGUGAUCUCAAUCACAGUUUCAUCUCUGAAUCAGUCCAGGCCCUCGGUUUCCUCCAGCUGAGACCUGCCCAGGACAGCUAACCUGCUGUGGGGACUGGCCCAGGUCAGUAAUCUGCAGUGGGGACCUGCCCAGGUCAGCUAAUCUGGGUGGGGACCUGCCCAGGUCAGCUAAUCUGCAGUGGGGACCUGCCCAGGUCAGUAAUCUGCAGUGGGGACCUGCCCAGGUCAGCUAAUCUGCAGUGGGGACCUGCCCAGGUCAGCUAAUCUGGGUGGGGACCUGCCCAGGUCAGUAAUCUGCAGUGGGGACCUGCCCAGGUCAGUAAUUUGCAGUGGGGACCUGCCCAGGUCAGCUAAUCUGGGUGGGGACCUGCCCAGGUCAGCUAAUCUGCAGUGGGGACCUGCCCAGGUCAGUAAUCUGCAGUGGGGACCUGCCCAGGUCAGCUAAUCUCAGUGAGGAAGGGGUGAAGAUCUGUACUUUAUCUCCUCCCUCUUCUUCUUCCCUGGCUCUGGUUCUUCCAGGACCCAGGUUGGGAAACACGUGGGAAUUUCUGUCCACCAAGAUGUGCUCUCUCAGGUCCAUUGCCUGUGGGAUGCCCUCUUGUCACAGGAAGUGGGCUCAUUCUGUCUCUGUCCCUGUCUCUCCUUCAUGAACCCUCCUGGGCAGUGUCCCCUGAGCUGGCCACACACCCUCAACCCUCCCUUCUCCAGGUGGUCAGCCCGCCCAGCAGAGGCCUUCCAUGGAAGCUCUGGGUCACCCACAGUGGGCCUGGGGGAGGGCUUGGCUGGUGGCAGGUCACUGGGUCACCCUGGUCCCUUUCUUCCUCCAUUAGCCUGAAAGCAGCUAGAAAAAGCUUAAACAGGUGUUGGGCAUGAGCACUGGGUGUUGUAUGUAAGUGAUGAAUCACUAGGUUCUACUCCUGAAACCGAUACUACACGGUGUGACAACAGACCUGAUUAUAAAGACAGAUGUUAAUGGACUUGCUUGCUAGAUGCCCUCUGAUAACUUCCCAGUGCACGAGGGCUAAGACCCGCGUCUCCCGCCGUGACCUGUCCUGCGCUGUGGUCCUGUAUGUCUCCAGGCUAACCACACACCUCCCACAGGCCUCACUCCUGGUACAAGGAUUUCCCCCUUAGAGUAGAAGGGGUGCAGGGGAGGGACAGCCCAUCAAGGCGAUGUGUGGUCUGCAGGCUGGUCCCAGGUCCGGGCUCUUCUGGUUCCUCCCAGCUGGGGAACGGCUGUCCUGCAGAUGCUCAGGGCGAGGGUCCAGGGCUGUCUCUGUAGGACUGGGAGAUUUCAGAUGAGAAUUUUGUCUUCACUCCUUUAUGAGUGCUGGACCCUUGUUCUCUGGCCUCUCUGUGCACAGCGCUGCUGGGACCUCUCCUUCCCACCUGUGGGCCGUUUUAACAUGCCUUACCGACCCUCUUUAUCUCUGUGCUUUAAUCUGGUCAUGUAGUUCUUUACUGACUUGGCAGAUCCCUUUGUAUUUCCAUGGCUAGUUUCUGGACUUUUUGUGUGUCCAGCUGUUGCUUUUAACGGAAACGCUCAUGCUUCUCUGUGGUUAUGUUAUCCUGGGGCACAGUUCAUCCAUUCUGUCUCCAGCCAGAAACAUCUCAGAAAAACAGGACCAUUUCCCUCUUUUUCUUCACACUAUAUUCAAAGAAUCAUCCAACCCUAUUUGAUUAGGCUCAAGUGUGAAGGCUGGAGAAGAGAGGUUUUUUUCCCUAUAAACUCUAAGCUUUUGCUUCAAACCACACAGAAAAGGCCUAAAUUAUACGUUUAACAGUGUUACCCCGGAUGCCGUAGUCCUGACCCAGGCUUGUAUGUCCUGCAGCCCGGUGCGGCUCCAUCACACAGGCACGUGAGUGGCUCUCCUCCAUUCACGUCUGCAGCUAAACCACAAAAGCAGAGCUUAGCCCCCAAGUGUGAUGCAUGCAUAAUUGAUGGGCCUUAAAAUAAAUGGCAGGCCGGCUUUGUCCUAACAAACCAAGCAAUUUCUCCAGGAACAGGUUUGUUUAUGACAGACUGAGAUCCACUGGAAUCGAUGAAAGGGAACCGUGGGCCAGGACCCGUGAGGCUCGCGCUGGAAUUCAGCUCCAGCAGCAUGUCCGGGCCAAGUCAGAGUCCUUUCCUUGCAGAAUCUUGUCAUCACGGGCGCUCUGAGCCCUCAUGGAGGCCGCAUUACAUCAGGUCCCCGCUGCGAGUUGGCCAAGGGAACAGGUGUGGCCUGCCCACAGCAAGACCUGAGCAGUCAUCCACUGACUGAGCCACGGUGCCCACAGCCACUCCAGAGCCAGUCCUGCUCCGGGGAGCAGACAGUUGUGCACACGCAUGUGUGCGUGUGCACACAUGUGAAAUUCUGGGGUUUUCCAAAGUCCUUUGUCUCCUGCCCGUGGACAGAUGCUCCAAUGUGACCACUAAACUAGUUUUUAUGAGCAAGAUUCUCCUAGAUAAUCUGCCGUUGAGGACAUUCGCCAUCUAGACAGCUUUGGGGGAAAGCGACUGACCUUCUCUUCCAGGGUUCAACAACUGCUUUUCUCGUGUUUGAGCCCUGCUUGGUUCUGGUGACUUCCACGUUUCCUUUUGUGUAAAUUUACAGAGGUAGGCGUUGGUGUGCAGCUGUGUGUGCAUCAAAGCCGACUGUUGGGAAGGGCCCAGAGUUUGAGGUUCAUUAUGGAGCCUGACGAGAGCUUCUCACCAGGUGACCCACCGCGUUUCUUUCUGACGUCAGUGGACAACUGCUUCCCCGAAUGUGAGACGCAUCCGUUUCUACGUGGGAAACGGCACCUGGGGUUUAGUGACAUCGCUAGUUUCGGCCUAUUUUCUGUCUUGUUCCAACAUCCCAUUUUUCUGAAUGUGAAGGGCACGAGAUGGCAUUGAGCCAGCACAGGGGUAAGAGUGCGGUCUGCAGUCGGGCACAGCAGGGCCGCAGCCACGCUCUGCCCAAGUCUGGUGGGCAGCGUGGACAAGGCUUGAGCCUCCCCUGCUCCGUGUUGCCGUCUGUGACCGCGAUCCCUCGAGGAAUCGGGUGAUGAGCCACGUCCCUCACGGAAUGCAGGUCAAAUGAGACAGCCCGUGAAGUGUUGAGCACACGAUAAUCACAAACUGAAUAAAUGUGAGGCUCGUUGCGCGUCAUUUCCGAAGAAGGGUUAGACACAUGAUUAACCCUGGCUACAUAUGGUCACUCAACUUGAAAAAAAUAAAGGAGCAAAUCUGUUCGUGCGUUCUGCUCACGGUCAUGCAUAAGAAAUGUACUUAUUAGUCAAAAGGAAUCCCGAGUUUUAGUGUUUCCAUGGCAACAGAACAACAAACACUGACCCAGAAAUAGGAGGAAAGUCAGAAAUAAAAUUGUCCUUUAAAGGCAUCUUUGACUGCCUCGUGCAGAGGCAGGGAGCAAAUGCCACCCUCCCCGUGAGGCUGCCCGCCCACCUGGGCGGCGCGCCUGCCCUCCUUGCUCACCUUCCACCUGCAGUGUCCAUCUCCUUGCACACCUGGAUCAGCACCUGGCACGUAACAGGCGCUCAGUCAAUGAGUGAACGGAGCUGAGGAGGCUUGGCUGUUGGCCUGUGACACUGGUCCUUCGCCAGCCCACCGGAUAUGCUCCGACUUUCCUGCUGGUACCCUGUCACCAAACAUUAGAACAGCAAAAUGUAAGGAAAAAUUAGAAGUGAGAAGUUAUGUUCUUUCAGUGUGACACGGGGGGACAUUUUGUAACUUAACCUCUCUUGGCCCUCUGGAAGCAUCUUGGUAUUUAGUGUAAGGAUAAAGAAUCCAGAUUUUCCCCUAAGUUAAAAUGAUAAAACACACUACUUAGGGUUAAAAAUGUAGCUGUUUUUCCUGAGAGGAAAGCUUGAAUUUCUAGAUCACUUCUGUAUGGGAUUCCUAAAGAAAUCACUCUGUGAAAGUUCGCCGUUUAAUUUUUAGCACAUUUGCAUGGUUCCCGCAGGACAGGACGGUGGGCUAAAGAGAGGCAUUGGUUCGGUGAUGAUGGUGUAGAUCCUCAAGGGGCACCAAGUAGAGGUGGCUGCGUGCCGACACCUGCCCGUCUUCCAGCUGCUGCCCAGGUGUCCCUGCGUCCGGCGUCCCUAGCGAUGCGGUGGUCCUGUUGUGAACAUUCUGUGUGCGAAGAGGUCGGGGCCAGGGACAUGGAGCCUCCCAGAGACGCCCUGAGCAGAUUCCUGCCGCUAACUGCCCAUCUCCCGCCGGAAGCACAGGCGUCUUGGGGGAGGGCUGGCGCCUGACCGGGCUGAUGUCCAGCAGGGCAGGUGUGUGAGGGCAGCCCCUUUGCCGUUCCCUUCACACCUGCAGCGGAGGCGCCUGUCCUCUGCAGGCACGGGGCCGCGGCCGUGGGAAUUGGUGUCAGGAUUGCUUCUUGGGGCUUGUGACUGCACGUCCUGGCUCUCAGUAACCCCACUCGGCACCGCGUGCCAUUCCUUCAUCCUCUGGCACCUUUCCCUCGCGCUCGUAACCAGGUCUGGUGUCGACAACACAGGGCAGAUGCGAGAAUGGUCUGGGGCUUCCUUUUUCUUUCCUUUUCUGUCUUGUUCUGGUUUUAUUUCCCCCAGUCAUUUGGGAAGCGUGUGCUGAUGGAAAGAUAGUGUGAUCUAAGGUGAGGAGGCCAGCGGUGGACCCUCAUGUGGGGGUGAACCACCCUGGAUAGUUGGAAUAUAAUUUGAGUCUGAGCUUUGGACACUCUCCAGAGGUCUGCGGGCUGAUUAAUGUUAUGUUCAUAACUAAAGAACGAUUACGUUUCUUUGGUGUUUGUAAAUGAAUGACAUCUCCAAAUGACAUCUGCCACCAAUAUUACAUGGAACCACCUCUGUGGCCAGGCAGGGUGUGGCGGCCCCUCCCGCCCAGGCUGAAGUGGCUCACAGUCGCCGCUGUGGGGGUAAUGGGCGUAAUGGAAGGGGCCGCCUUCUUGCAGGUGCCCUCCCUCCGCCGGGCACACCGUGCUGUUGGCGUGCCAUGGGUGCCACCUUCCUGUGUGAAGCUUGGGGAGGAAGGAGCUGUGUAUCCUAGCCCAUCUCCCAGGUGCUUUCACUUUUGGAAGGCAUUUUUCUCUGUGUAAAAUUCUAGAUGGAGAUUUUUUUCUUUUAGCACUUUACAGCUGUUACUCUGCCGUCUUCUGAUUUCCACUGUUUCUAAUAAGAAGCAAUUGCUCAUCCCGAUCAUUGUUUCCCUCCCUAUAUUAUGUCUUUUUUUCUCUGGCUAAUUGUAAGAUUUUGUUAUUCCUUGCCUUUUAUUUUAGCAGUUUGGCUAUGAUAUGAGCAGGUGUUUUAUUUUUUAUUGACUUACUCUUGCCUGGUGUCCUUGAUCUUGGCAUUGGUACAUGUGCUCAAAUUUGGAAAUAUUUUGGAUGUUAUUUUGACAGUGAUUCUUUGCUUGUCCAAAAUUAGGUUCCUAAACCUGCGUUCUUCUUAUAAAAUCCAUUUUUAGCAGGCACCCUGGUAAGUCAGUUUACCAGAACCACGCCCA